AUUUGUGACUUGAUUUGGGUUUGAUUGUUUUAUGAUUCAGUAACUCUUUAAAUAAUAUUCUUAUCAGAGAAUUAUAACUAACAGACAUAAAAUCAAUCAAGUUUUUCUUGGAAGAUAAAAUUCACUUGCUCUCCUUAAUUUUUCUGUGAAUCGAGUUUAAGUUUUAACUUCUCUGAAAAAGCAGAGGUGCAUGAAUUGAUUUUAACGAGAAAUUUAUCUAAGUUCUGAAUCUGGCUUUGAUUGUUGUGUCUUGGCAAUUUGCACAAAGUUUACUGCAAUAAGAAAAAUUAAUAGCUUGCACUGAGAUCAAUGGACACAUAUCUAAUCCAGUUGACCUGUCAUUCUCAUUCUCUUUUAUAUGCUUAAUAUACUUUCAUCUCUCGAGGAGUGGCUGUGGAUAUAAUUAGUGACCUGAUGAACUGUUACCGUUGUGUGGAUGCUUUGGUUUCAAGUACAGUUUAACCAGAUGAGUUUUUGACAAGCUUGGAAGAAAAAGAGGGGACGUAAAGCUGGUUUUUGGCAUUAUUACUUCUUCAACUCGUUUUCUUACUAUUCCUCCUCUUCCUCUCUUCCUCUUCCUCUCCUCUUGCUUGAGUCUUCUGGGGUAACUUUUUGAAAUGUCCCUAACUUUAUAAAGUGCUUUAGGAAAAUGUUUAUUUGGAAACUUGUGCUUGCUAAAUUUUACUAUCCCAGCUUUUUAGGUACUAUUAUUAUAUUGUCAUGUCAGUUUUAGUCUCGUUAUUGUUCUGGAUUAGAUCCGUUGUUUUAUUUCUUGAGCAUAUUUCUAUGCGAGAGAGACCUCUUCAAUCCUCACCUGUAUGUGGACAGUGGAAGUAUUUAUUACCAACUUUAGAAAAUGUAAAUCACAGUUGAUGGAAUCCAAGCUGGCAUGUCAAGUCUUAUUCCCUGGUUAUCUAAGAUUAUCACAAUCAUUGGUUUUUCGAGAAUAAUCAACAGUUGGAGAUCAUGUAUUAUACUUGCUGUCUAUAUAAUGGGACCAUUUGAAAACCAAAUCUGCUAAAAAAGAGCACAGAUUUGCUAUUUGAUUAUACUGCAAGUACAAGGUAAAGAAGGGGGAAAGAAAGUAAUAACUGUAGAAAAAAGUAUCACCAAAGUCAUGAUCACCUAGGAAAGAUAAGAAGGUAAUAUCAUGGAAAGGAAAAUCUUAAGAGUAUAGAGAAUAUUACAUCAGUGCAUUUGGAUGUGGAAUUUAUGUUACUGGAAGAUUAGGGCUUUUUUGUAUGUUGCAUUUGGAUUUGCCAAGUGACACAAUUCUUGAUCCAAAAAUAAGCUUGAUGAUUCUAAUUAAUUUUAAGGUUUGUUAUAUACUUAUUUGAUUUUGUCAAAAAUUUUAACAGUGUCUAAAUAGUACACGUUAUUAUCUGAAGUGUAUUUUGUCACUCUAGAAGAAUCAGAUCCGUUGAAUUAACAUAGAUAUGUUUUACCCUUAUUGUUGAAUUCUCAACUCUCAAUUUCAUGAAUUUUGUUUGAAUACUAACUUUUUGACCAAUCUACAUGUCCAGGAAAACAAGGGGGAAGCAAUUAUUUUAUUAAAGCCCAUUUUUUAUAAUGAUAUCUGACUUGUGUUCCUUAGUUUUGGAGUUGCUUCAUGCGCUUUUCCUAUCUUUUUUUCAUUUUUGUGUAACUUCUAUGACUUGGAGAAUGUUCUGACGUCUGCUAAUUUUCAUGGUUAUUCAUGUGACAAUCAGAGGAAUAGAUGAUUGUUAGAUGAAUGGGAAUGGAGUGAUGGUUUAUUCUAUUGUGUUUAUUGUGUGGGAGUUAGGUCUGUAUAAAUAGGUUAGUAAUAGAAUAAAAGCUUAUCUUGGAUCCCAUAAAUAAUAGUUAGGUCAAUCAAUAUUGGUAGUUAAUGAACUCAGAAGGGAUCAGUUUUUGUACACCAGCACUGUAAACAAUAUUACACUAUCAACUAAUAAGAAAUAGUUGUUGGUACAAAUUUUAAGGUAAUUCUCAAAGCUACCUUCUGAAACAGUUUAUAACUAAAGUUGCAUAAGCUAUUUAUUCUUCAUAAAUUGUGUAAUAUUAUCUUCAAAUAGUAUUAGCCACGCCCUCUCAUCUCUUCCUUUUCUUUACCAUCAAGUUUAGUUGAUAGAAGAUGAUAAUGGAACUUUGAUUUUAUGUUGGCGUAGCAAGUUUCUGAUAAUUAUGAUAUUAUGAAACAUGUGCAUCCAGGAACCUUUUGUGAACAUCCCAGAGGACACAAUCCGUGAAGCGCUGAAAGUUGUCCUUGAUGUCAGGAAUCACCCAGUUAUAAUUCACUGUAAGCGGGGAAAGCACCGAACGGGUUGUUUGGUAGGAUGCUAUAGAAAAUUGCAGAAGUGGUGCUUGUCAUCUGUGUUUGAUGAGUAUCAGCGCUUUGCAGCUGCGAAAGCAAGAGUUUCAGAUCAGAGGUUUGUAGAGUUGUUUGAUAUUUCCAGCAUGAAACAUUUGCCUAUAACCUUUUCAUGUCUGAAGAGGUAACAGACCGAGUUAUGUAUGCUGAGUUGGGUUUACUUUCUUUUGUUGGUGAAAGUGAACUCCAUGUUCUUCCAUUAAAUAAAUAGGAAAAGGUGAUGAACUCCUUCAAUGCAUUGCAGCGGCAAAGGAUAAUUCUUCUUCUUCCAUUCUUAAAAUAAGAUAAGAAAAUCGUAGGCAUACUAGAUCAUUACCUACCCAUAUAUGUAUGUGUUAUUAUAUAUCCUUCUUCCAUACUUGGCCCUUCGUGUACCUCACCAGUCACUCACUACCUUUUAUUAUUUUCUUUCUCUUUGCUUUAUGUUCCUUUUUGCUGCUCUACUAUUCAUCAACAAUGAGUGUAGAUAUAUGUCUUGAUUUUUUCUUGAGACUCGGAGAAAUUCAAGAAGGCCACAACAAUGCCUUGUUUGUCUGCCUAGAAUCUUGAUGGAUAGUAAAAGCAGAGAAAUUAUUGUAAUCUUGCUUUCCUUAUUGAGUUGAGAUAGUUCAGUUC